AAAGCUUUUAAAGCAAAAAUAAUAUUAAAACCGUACAAAAGGACCCCGGGGGAUACAAGUGUCCUAGCUUUUAAAAAGCCGGUUAUUUGCUUUAAAUACGGGCAGUUAAGCUACAUCGUUGCAGCAUGCAAAAUAUGGACGGAUAACCCGGAAACCCCGUUAGCCCUAACAACCAUACAAAAGGCAAAAAGGAAAAGGCCCGAAGUACGGUAUUACGGGUAUAAAAAGCUGGGCCAUAUCCGGCCGGCGUGCUUUAAAAAAAGCAAAAUAUUGCUACCCAAUUCGAUACCGUUAUUUAGCCAUUUAAGCACCGGGGUUUAA